UGGGCCCCAAGUCUCCACCCAGCCAGAGUCCCAGACCGUCGCCACCGGCCGGCCGGCCGCCGCAUUUGCCGUGACCUCGUCGUUCCGGUGCACGGAGCCUGUCACUUGUGCGUCCAUGCACGUCGUGGCGCGCCAUGCAAUGUGCCGCCUAAAUCAGACCGACCAAACUCUUCGUCAUCUCCGUGCCAUCCCCCCGCACGUCCAUGAUCCAUCAGUAGGAAGCACAGUGGAAUACAGUAUCAUGUCGCCAAGCACCGCGCUCGCACUUCUCCGCGGAAGAAACCCAGCGACCUUGGCACCGAAGCUAGCCCCGAAGCCGCUAUCCACGCUCGCCUCCUGUGUCCCGUCGGUGGAAGGCGACGAUCUCCGUGACUCUCCCGGUGCUCGCCAGGCGUUCGACGAAAUUCCCGGCCGGGACGCCGCGGCGGGCUCCGACCGCGUCCUCUUCGACUACGCGCGGCGCGGGCUGGUCCGUCAGGCGCUGGACCACUUCUUGGACGUGCACCGCCGCCGGGGCGGGCGCGUCGGCGCCGCCAUGCUGUCGUGCGUCCUCAAAGUCUGCGGGUCGGUACCGGACAGAGGUCUCGGGGAGCAGCUGCACUGCCUGUGCGUCAGGUACGGGUAUGAUCGGGGCGACGUCAGCGUCGGCACGUCUCUCGUAGACAUGUACAUGAAGUGCUGCGGCGUCGAUGACGGGAGGAAGGUGUUCGAGGGGAUGCCUGAGAGGAAUAUCGUCACGUGGACGUCGUUGCUCACCGGGUACGUCCAGGCCGGGGCACACUCGAAUGUCAUGGUGCUCUUCUUCAGGAUGCGCGCCGAGGGGAUCUGGCCCAAUCCAUUCACUUUUACGAGUGUUCUCUCCGCAGUGGCAAGCCAAGGCGCACCCGAUUUUGGGCGGCGCGUGCAUGCUCAAUCAGUUAAGUUUGGAUGCCGCUCGACUGUGUUUGUGUGCAACUCUCUGAUGAACAUGUAUGCAAAGUGCGGACUAGUUGAAGAAGCCAGGACUCUGUUUUCUGGGAUGGAGACCAGGGACAGGGUGUCGUGGAACACAUUGAUGGCGGGCCUUUUGUUGAACGGGUGCGAACUGGAAGCCCUGCAGCUGUUCCAUGAUUCACGAGCUAGUAUAGCCAAGCUUACACAGUCUACCUACUCUACAGUGAUCAAAUUAUGCGCAAAUCUCAAACAGCUUGGCAUGGUACGACAACUCCACAGCUGUGUUUUGAAACACGGGUUCCAUUCGGAUGGCAAUGUAAUGACAGGCCUCAUGGAUGCCUACAGCAAAUGUGGUGAACUGGACAAUGCCUUAAACAUAUUUUUGUUGAUGCCAGGAUCCCAGAGUGUUGUUUCAUGGACUGCUAUGAUUAGUGGGUGCAUUCAGAAUGGCGAUACACCUCUUGCUGCUGCUCUUUUUAGCAGAAUGAGAGAAGACGGUGUUGCUCCAAAUGAGUUCACCUACUCGGCAAUGCUGACAACAUCACUGGCCAGCUUGACUCUGCAGAUUCAUGCUCAGGUUAUCAAGACAAACUACCAGUGCUCACCAACGGUUGGAACUGCACUUCUGGCCUCUUACUCUAAGCUUCGCAGCACUGAAGAAGCCCUAUCUAUAUUCAAAACAAUUGACCAAAAGGAUGUUGUUGCAUGGUCUGCAAUGUUAACUUGCUAUGCCCAAGCUGGUGACUGUGAUGGUGCGACAAAUGUAUUCAUCAAGAUGGUCAUGCUAGGAGUGAAGCCAAAUGAGUUCACAAUCUCUAGUGCCAUUGAUGCUUGUGCUAGUCCAACAGCGGGUGUUGACCUGGGUAGGCAGUUCCAUGCUGUUUCGAUCAAGUACAGAUACAAGGAUGCAAUCUGUGUGAGCAGCGCACUUGUCAGCAUGUACGCAAGGAAAGGGAGCAUUGAGAGUGCUCAGAGUGUCUUUGAGAGGCAAACAGAUAGAGACUUGGUGUCAUGGAACUCAAUGAUAUCAGGGUAUGCACAGCAUGGUUACAGCAAAAAGGCCCUUGAUAUAUUUCGGCAGAUGGAAACUGAGGGCAUGGAGAUGGAUGGCGUCACAUUCCUUGCAGUGAUCAUGGGAUGCACUCAUGCUGGUCUUGUCGGAGAAGGCCAGCGAUACUUUGAUUCGAUGGUCAGAGAACACAAUAUCAGUCCAACCAUGGAGCAUUAUGCGUGCAUGGUGGAUCUCUAUAGCCGUGCAGGCAAGCUGGAUGAGACAAUAAGCCUUAUAGGAGGCAUGCCAUUCCCAGCAGGUCCAAUGGUGUGGCGCACAUUGCUAGGUGCUUGUAGAGUUCACAAGAAUGUUGAGCUUGGGAAGUUGGCUGCAGAGAAGCUGCUAUCACUUGAGCCACUUGACUCGGCUACAUACGUGCUUCUCUCCAACAUUUAUUCGGCUGCAGGUAAGUGGGAAGAGAGGGAUGAAGUGAGGAAGCUCAUGGACACUAGAAAGGUGAAGAAAGAAGCUGGAUGCAGCUGGAUUCAGAUCAAGAACAAAGUUCAUUCCUUUAUAGCUUCGGACAAGUCACAUCCUUUAUCUGACCAGAUAUAUGCAAAGCUCAAGGCAUUGACAGCUAGGUUGAAGCAAAAAGGUUAUUGUCCUGACACAAGCUUUGUGCUUCAUGACAUGGCAGAAGAGCAGAAAGAAGCUAUGCUGGCUAUGCAUAGCGAGCGGCUAGCCCUCGCCUUUGGCUUGAUAGCCACCCCACCAGGGACACCCCUUCAAAUUGUCAAAAAUCUGCGGGUGUGUGGGGACUGCCACACGGUGAUCAAGAUGGUCUCUGAAAUCGAGGAUAGGGAGAUUAUAAUGCGGGAUUGCAGCAGGUUCCACCACUUCAAUUUGGGGGUCUGUUCCUGUGGAGAUUUCUGGUGAACAGGGUCAGAAUAACUUGACUGUGGAUACAAUACUCUGGCAAUGCCAUCUUUGAACAAUAUCACCUGUACUAAAUGUUCUUUUAGCAAUAUGCUUGAAAUAUGUAUGGUUAGACGAUUAUUUACAAUCAGGAUUUGGGAAACCGGUGAGAACCGGCCUCCCGGUAUUCUGAAC